AACAAUGUGAUCCUCCUCGUAUGAGCUCACAUCCGCUUCGCUAGACUUUUGUCUGCCGGCAUUUUCCUUUUAUUUUCUCCGUGCCGAUUUUGGGUUGUUUGAUUGUCCUGUCUUUUGUGUUGGCCGACACGAACGGUCCCUAACAAGGUUUCUGUUUUUUGUGCCACGCCAGCCGGUUACACAAUGCCUGGGUUUUCUGACAGAGAUCGUGGCAGAGAUAGAGGGUACGGUGGUGGGCCACCUCGUUUUGGUGGCGGCGGUGGUGGCAACAGGGGAGGACCUCCCCCGGGAAAGUUUGGCAAUCCUGGUGAGAGGCUGCGAAAGAAACACUGGAACCUUGACGAGCUCCCAAAGUUUCAAAAAAACUUUUACCAGGAGCACCCAGAUGUCACACGUAGACCAAUGCAAGAGGUUGAGCAGUACCGCAGAAGUAAAGAAGUCACAGUGAAGGGUAGAGAUUGCCCUAAGCCAAUUGUGAAAUUCCAUGAAGCCACUUUUCCAAGCUACGUCAUGGAUGUUAUCGUCAAACAGAACUGGACUGAACCAACUCCAAUUCAGUCACAGGGUUGGCCACUUGCACUCAGCGGCAAAGACAUGGUUGGCAUCGCCCAAACUGGGUCCGGGAAAACCCUUGCCUAUCUGCUGCCGGCCAUUGUGCACAUCCAACACCAGCCAUUCCUGGAACAUGGAGAUGGACCUAUUUGCCUGGUGCUGGCGCCGACCCGUGAAUUGGCCCAGCAGGUGCAACAAGUGGCUGCUGAAUAUGGCAGGGCCUCUCGUCUCAAGAGCACCUGCAUUUAUGGUGGAGCACCUAAAGGACCUCAGAUUAGGGACCUUGAGAGAGGUGUUGAGAUUUGCAUUGCCACACCUGGUCGUCUCAUUGACUUCUUGGAGUGUGGUAAAACCAACUUGCGGCGUUGCACCUACCUGGUGCUGGAUGAAGCUGACCGCAUGCUGGACAUGGGUUUCGAACCACAGAUCCGUAAGAUAGUGGACCAAAUCCGGCCAGACCGUCAGACCCUGAUGUGGAGUGCCACCUGGCCUAAGGAGGUUCGCCAGCUGGCUGAGGACUUCCUGAAGGACUAUGUCCAGAUCAACAUCGGAGCACUGCAGCUCAGUGCCAAUCACAAUAUCUUGCAGAUAGUUGAUGUCUGCAAUGACAUGGAGAAGGAAGACAAACUGAUCCGUUUACUGGAGGAGAUUAUGAGCGAGAAGGAGAACAAGACCAUUAUUUUUGUGGAGACCAAAAGGCGUUGUGAUGAACUUACCCGGAGGAUGAGAAGAGAUGGGUGGCCAGCAAUGGGCAUUCAUGGAGACAAGAGUCAGCAAGAGAGGGAUUGGGUCCUCAAUGAGUUCAAAUAUGGCAAGGCCCCCAUCCUCAUCGCUACUGAUGUGGCCUCCCGUGGCCUAGAUGUGGAGGAUGUGAAAUUUGUCAUCAAUUAUGACUACCCUAACUCCUCCGAGGAUUAUAUCCACCGCAUUGGACGCACAGCCCGCAGUCAAAAAACGGGCACGGCCUACACCUUCUUUACCCCCAACAACAUGAAACAGGCCAGUGACCUGAUCUCUGUGCUCCGUGAGGCCAACCAGGCCAUUAACCCUAAGUUGAUCCAGAUGGCAGAGGACAGAGGAGCUCGUGGCAGAGGGGGCAGAGGUGGCUACAAGGAUGACCGCCGGGAUAGGUAUUCUGGGGGUGGGAGGAGCAAUAACUUUGGUGGUAAUAGCUACAGGGACAGGGACAGUGACAGGGGGUUCGGCGGUGGACCAAAGGGUGCCUUUGGUGGCAAUAAGGCACAGAAUGGUGGAGGCUAUGGAGGUAACAGUGGUAGUUCUAGUGGUAGCUAUGGUGGAAACAACUAUAGCAACAGCAACGGACAGGGUAAUUUCAAUGCUCCGGCAAACCAGGUUGGUGGCUUUGGUAACCAAGGCUUCCAGGGCCCCCCUCAGUUUGGGGGUGUGCAGAGGGGAGCUCAGAAUGGCAUGAACCACCCGCCAUUCCCUUUCAACCCUCAGCCGCCGCCACCACAGGCCCAGCAGCCACCACCCCCGCCACCGAUGGUGCCCUACCCCAUGCCACCACCCUUCCCACAGUAGAUAUGAUGUAUGCACAAUAUACGGAACCAACUUGAUUUUUGUUUCGCCCUUGUCUUGAUAUCUUACAGUAUGAUUAUGAUUAUUAUGAUUAUUAUUAUUAUUAUUAUUAUUGUUAUCAUCCUUUGUACUGUUUAACUGUUUUUUGCUUACAGCAGGGUUGGAAUUAUUCAGUAAAUCCAGAGCAUUAAAAGGAGUCCUAGACUGAUCUCCUGUAGUGCAACUGUAAUUGCUGCACUUUUCCUUGACUGUUUUUAUUUGUUACAUUCCUCAGUAAUUUAUUUUUACUAGGUAAUGCAAUGUUUUGAGUUUGUGGUAUGUUCAAAGUGAUGUUAUGAAGAUCAUAUAUAAAGGGCUGGCAUCGCUCUUUAAAUAAAAAGAAGAAAAUGGUA